AGGUGAGGGCUCCAGCCCUGCGCGCGUGGACCAGGGUGGGGGCGCGGGCUCGGUGCCGCCCCGCGCGUCCCCGCCGCAGCGGGCGCGCGCUCCCGAAAGGCGGCGGCGGCGGCAGCACUGGCCGCACCGGCAGCAUCAGCACUCGCAGCAUCCCCGGGCGGCCUUGGGCGGGGCCGGCCCGACGGAUAGGCGGACAGAGGGCCCCGGGGGCGCGCGGCCCGCCCAGGCUGACCAUGGAGGGAGGCUCGUUCGGCGCGGGACGCGCGGGGGCAGCCCUGGACCCUGUGAGCUUCGCGCGGCGGCCCCAGACCCUGCUGCGGGUCGCAUCCUGGUUCUUCCUUAGGUCUAAUUCAGUGCCCUUCCUCAGCCCUCGCUCCGUUUUUCCUGUGUUCACGCCUGGAAACGGGCACAGGGGUGGGGACGGGAUUCGCGGAGGGCUUGGGCGCUCAGCCUCAGCACGAGGAGAGGCUACCGGAACCGAGAGAAUCUGGCCGAGCCUCCCCCUUGCUUCUCCUGCGCGCACAUCCUCCCGGCUCCUUCGAAGGGAACUGGCCCUUCUCAGGCCCCCCAGUUGCAACCGUGUUCUCCAUCGCUGUCUUCGGGCCCAUCGUCAACGAGGGCUACGUGAACGCCGACAGCGGCCCAGAGCUACGCUGCAUCUUCAACGGCAACGCGGGCGCCUGCCGCUUCGGAGUCGCGCUCGGCCUCGGGGCCUUCCUCGCCUGCGCCGGUUUCCUGCUGCUCGACGUGCGCUUCCAGCAGAUCAGCAGCGUUCGCGACCGGCGCCGCGCAGUGCUGCUCGACUUGGGCUUCUCAGGCCUGUGGUCCUUCUUGUGGUUCGUGGGCUUUUGUUUCCUCACCAACCAGUGGCAGCGCACGGCGCCCGGGCCGGGCACGGCGCAGGCGGGGGACGCGGCGCGCGCCGCCAUCACCUUCAGCUUCUUCUCCAUCCUCAGCUGGGUGGCGCUUACCGUGAAGGCCCUGCAGCGGUUCCGUCUGGGCACCGACAUGUCGCUCUUUGCCACCGAGCAGCUGGGUGCUGGGGCGGGCCAGACCUACCCGGGGUACCCGGUGGGCAGCGGUGUGGAAGGCACGGAGACCUACCAGAGCCCGCCCUUCACCGAGACCCUGGACACCAGCCCCAAAGGGUACCAGGUCCCUGCCUACUAGAGGCCAGCAGGCCCAGACCAAGGCGCAAAGGCUGCCCCACCCGUGCAGGGUCCAAGGCCUCCUGGGGCCUCCCUCAGGUCCUCCCGGUCCAGCAGCAGGGAGUGGAUGCUGUGGGUCAUCUGGGGCCAAGAGAAGGUGGCCUCCUGGGUGCCUGGGCUGUGCCCCCCAAGUUCCUCCGGUCCCAUUAGUCCCCAGCUCAGGGCCAGAGGUCCUGAGGAGGGAGCAUCAUGGCCCUGGGCAUGUGUCCUCCAGCCUCCAGUGGACCAGCCUGGCAGGGGGCCAUUCCCCUCGUGAGCCAGCCAGGGCUCACCUGCCCACUCCGGGGUCAGAGGUCCAGCUGCCCUCCAUAGCCGGGUGCGGGAGCUGCCCUGGACUCGGGGUGCCUGGAGGAAGGGACACUGCCCUCACCCCGUGGCCCGGCAAGCGUGGCCAGUUCUCCACCCCCUGUCCCCGUGGAUAUUGGUGGUCCUCGCUCUGCCCUGGUGUCUCACCCUGUGGGGCCCCCUGCUCUGCCUGGAGCCGCCCCCAUUUCCUCUCACAGGCACACUAGAGUAGCCCGGCCCUGUGGAUGUUGUGAUUGUGGUCAAGUCUAAAGGUUUCACCUUGUAGUUCCUCACAAGCAGCCCCUCUGUCUGUGGCCCCAGCUCCAGCCCUUACCUGCCUCGGCCCAGGCCCCUGCUGGGGUGCGGGCAGCUCUGGCCAGGAAAGCACAACGUGGCUGUAGGCCUGAGCAUCGUCUCUCGCAGCCUUUCAGUAAGACCUUGCCCCAGGGAGGCUCCGGACACUGGGUGCCUGCAGGACACGCCCCCCAUGAGGAGAGGCCUCAAGGCUCCACCUGCCCACCAUGCCCUGGAGAUGGCCAUUCCCUGCAAACCCUGUUACCUAGGCCUCCUCGACUAGUCCAACUCCCCACACUGCACCCCUCUUUAAGGCCCAGCCCGAGGUGUGUGGGGGGGUCCCUCUGCAUAGCUGAGUACUCAUGCAUUGCUCAAAGCUGGCUUUUCACAUUAAGUCAAUACCAAAUGCGGUUGCCACCUUCAUUCUUACAGACAGAUGCCUCCCUCAGGAGUUGCAGUUGAGUGACAACCCUGUACAUUGUAGCAUAGACCAAUUAUUUGUGGAUAUUUAAGUGAACAUGUUUACAAUUUUUGUAUAUAUGGAUCUCUCCCCUCCCUCUUCUGAAAGAACAAUCAGUGAUUGUGUAUUUUCAGUGUCCCAUGUUCCAACUGCAACUUCUUUACAAUAAAGACUGUAAAUGAG